AUGUCCGAUUCGGAAGACUAUGAAUAUGAAUAUGAUAGUGACGAGGAACAGAUUGAGACUGAUGAACAAAAUAAUGAUAACAUAUCAAGUGCUAAUAUCGAGAGUAUCAAUGAGACUAAUGAUCCUACGAUACAAAAACAAUUACUACUAACUCGUGAAGCACAAAUUACAUUGGAAAAUACAUUCUAUGAAGCUGCGGAUUUUCGUCAACGUGGUGAAUUUGUCCAAGCAUUUGAGUAUUUUCAAUGUGUUUUAAAAUUAGAGAAAGAAUUAAUUGAAUCCAUAAAUGGACAGAAAUGGAGUUUUCAAGCAUUAGAACAGAUGGUGAAAAUAUGUCUCCAUCGAUCUCAAUGGGAUGAAAUGUUAGGUUAUUAUCAAGAAAUGUUGAAAUAUUUACCAUUUGUGACAAGAAAUGAAAGCACAGACUCGAUUUCAUUAAUUCUUGAUGUUGUAUCAACUACAAUCGGAUACAAGAAAGAAAGUGUGACAUAUAUGUUAAAAAUGUAUCAACUCACAAUGGAGAAACUUAAGGUUAUGAACAAUGAUCGACUUUGGUUCAGUAUGAAUGUGAAAUUGGGAAAAUUGUAUCUUGACAUGAAAGAAUUUGAUCAAUUGGAAAAACUAUUGCAACAGCUUUAUGCGUAUUGUAAAACACCUGAUGAAAUACAAGAUCAAUCAAAGGCAACGUCAUUGUUGGAUGUCUAUGCAUUGGACAUUCAGCUGUGCGUGGCAACCAAGAAUGGUGCAAAAUUGCGCGUUAUUUACCCAAAAACACUGGAUCUGGAUGCUGCCGUCGCUGAUCCGCGUAUUAUGGGUAUUAUCCGUGAGGAGGGUGGCAAAAUGUACUUGGAAGAAAAGGAAUGGAUGCUUGCAUAUAACGAGUUCUUUGAGAGCUUUCGCAAUUAUCAGGAAGCUGGUAACUCACGCACAACGGACUGUCUGAAGUAUGUCGUGCUAGCCAGUAUGUUAGCCAGCUCAGAUAUUAAUCCAUUCGAUUCGCGAGAAGCAAAGGUGUAUCAAGACGUGGAAGAAAUUAGCGCAAUGUUGUUACUACGUGGUGCCUACGAGUUAAACGAUAUUGUGCAGUUUGAAAAGGUUCUGAAGAAUCCCAAGUACAAACUGCUCAGUGAUCCUAUCAUGAAGCGUUACUUGAACCCGCUGAUGCGCAAUAUUCGAUGCCAAGUCAUGAAGAAGAUCGUACGUCCAUAUCAAACAGUUCACAUUGAGAGUCUGUCGAAAAGGAUGAACAUUACCAAGGGAGAUGUCGAAGACAUUGCUGUUGCACUUAUUCAAAAUUUGGAGUUGGACGCUAGGAUUGACCAAAGUCGAGGUCUACUUGUGCUGCAGACACGACAAAAAGCUCGAGAUGCUAGCAAGAUGUACGAUGCUUUAGACCGCUGGGCUCGAACACUUGCCGCAAUACAUACAACGUCUGCCACGCGGGUGAUGGCACAUCCAUGA